CACCCGUGCGCAUCGCGUCUGAUAGGGCAGGUGUAGGGACCCGGGGGACGGGCUCAUCUACUCCGCUCUCUCUUCCCCCCUCUCUUCUCCAGCAGUUACUGGUACUCAACUGAAGCCCAACAAUCAGAUCAGGAUUGUGCCUUUAAAUACUGUCACUGCGAUCCCAAUGCGAGGACACCGCGAGCGCUGCCAGGAACGCAGACGCGAGCGCAGACAGGCGCGCGGACAGCAGCAGCAACAGCGGCAGCAGCAAAAGCAGCAGCAGCAGCAGCAGCAACAGCAGCGACGUAGCGAGGCGCGCGGACCGGAGCGCGGAGAGGCACGCGCUGUGCGGACGCUCGGACGGUAUGUGCAGUGAAGAGCCUCAGGAUGGAUAGACGGAUGUACUUUGCUGUCGCUCUCCUCUUUCGCCUGCUGGACUGCGCGCGCGGACAGUUCUUCCCAGGCAGCUGCUCUUUUGAAGAGCACUACAGCAGCUGUGGGUACAGCGUGGCCCUUGGGACCAGCGGCUUCGCCUGGGAACAAGUCAACACUUGGGAGAGGCCCACCAUGGACUCUGUCAUCCCCACAGGUUCCUUUAUGGUGGUCAAUGCCUCAGGCCGUGCCUCAGGACAGAAAGCCCACCUGCUGCUCCCCACCCUAAAGGAAAAUGACACGCACUGCAUCGACUUCCACUACUCGUUGUCGAGCCGCGACAGUUCCAGCCCUGGGGCCCUGAACGUCUACAUCAAGGUGAACGGGGGCCCACAGGGGAACCCCGUGUGGAAUGCCUCGUCUGCCACUGAGGGCUGGGUGAAGUCUGAGCUGGCCAUCAGCACCUUCUGGCCCAACUCCUACCAGGUAAUAUUCGAGGCUGUGUCCAUGCAAGGCCAUCCAGGGUUCAUUGCAGUGGAUGAAGUUCGAGUUCUGGCACACCCUUGUCGGAAAGCGCCCCAUUUUUUGCGGCUCCAGAAUGUGGAGGUGAACGUGGGGCAGAAUGCCACCUUCCAGUGCAUAGCUGGAGGAAAGUGGUCCCAGCACGACAAGCUGUGGCUGCAGCAGUGGAAUGGUAAAGAUACAGCCCUCAUGGUGACCAGGGUGGUGAACCACAGGCGUUUUUCUGCCACCGUGAGUGUUGCAGACACGGCGCAGAGGAGUGUGAGCAAGUACAGAUGUGUCAUCCGCUCUGAUGGUGGAUCAGGGGUGUCUAACUAUGCGGAACUGAUUGUAAAAGCACCACCAACUCCCAUUGCCCCACCUGAGCUGCUGGCUGUGGGAGCCACCUACCUGUGGAUCAAGCCCAAUGCCAACUCCAUCAUCGGAGAUGGGCCCAUUAUCCUGAAGGAGGUGGAAUACCGUACCACCAGGGGCAACUGGGCUGAGACGCACAUUGUAGAUGCGCCCACCUACAAGCUGUGGCAUCUCGAUCCUGAUGUGGAGUAUGAGAUCAAAGUGCUACUAACGCGGCCAGGGGAGGGUGGGACGGGUCCACCUGGACCACCUCUCAUCACUCGCACAAAGUGUGCAGAUCCAGUCCAUGGGCCCCAGAACGUGAAUGUGGUGGACAUCCGUGCUCGUCAGCUGACCCUGCAGUGGGAGAUGUUUGGCUAUGCCGUGACCCGCUGCCACAGUUACAACCUGACUGUGCAGUACCAGUACGUCUUCAACCAACAGGAGUUUGCCGCCGAAGAGCUCAUCCAGACCUCAUCACACUACACGCUACGAGGCCUGAGGCCCUUUGUCACUGUCCGCUUACGACUGGUGUUGGCCAACCCCGAGGGCCGCAAGGAGAGCGAGGAAAUCGUCAGGCAGACAGAGGAGGAUGUGCCUGGCUCGGUCCCAGUGGAGUCCAUACAAAGCAGCCCAUAUGAGGAGAAGAUCUACAUGCAGUGGAAAGCUCCGAACGAGACCAAUGGAAUGAUCACCCUUUAUGAGGUUACCUAUAAGGCCCUCAGCUCCCUCGACCCCACGGCAGAGUUGUCCGCCCAGCGCGGCAGGGUCUUCAAGCUACGCAACGAGACCCAUCAUCUCUUCAUGGGACUGUACCCAGGCACCACCUAUGUAUUCACCCUCAAGGCCAGCACGAGCAAAGGUUUUGGACCACCAGUGACCACACGCAUUGCCACCAAGAUUGCUGCACCCUUGAUGCCUGAGUAUGAGACGGACACACCACUAAAUGAGACGGACACCACCAUCACAGUGUUACUGAAGCCUGCGCAGUCCAGGGGAGCUCCUGUCAGUGCCUAUCAGCUGGUGGUGAAGGAAGAGCGCAAGCAGAAAACUCGACGGGCCGCUGAUGUGGUGGAGUGCUUCUCCGUACCCAUCAGCUUCAGGAAUGCUUCCAUCCUGAACUCGCCGCACUACUUUGCAGCUGAGCUGUUGCCUGUCAGCUUGUCUGUAGUGCAGCCCUUCACAGUGGGCGAUAACAAGACGUACAACGGCUACUGGAACGCCCCCCUGUCUCCAGUCAAGAGCUACAGCAUUUACUUUCAGGCCUUGAGCAAAGCCAAUGGGGAAACUAAAAUCAACUGUGUGCGGCUGGCUAAUAAAGUGGUAAUAGGUAGGGGACAAAUAACCACGCCGUACAUUGUUGUCAUCCCCAGUGAAGGAGCAUCCACCCAGAACUCAAACGCGGUGGAGCCUGAGAAACAGGUGGACAGCACAGUCAAGAUGGCGGGCGUCAUCGCUGGGAUCCUCAUGUUUGUAAUCAUCCUGCUGGGCGUGGUGCUGACGUUUAAGAGGAGAAGAAAUGCGUAUUCCUACUCUUAUUACCUGAAGCUCGCCAAGAAGCAGAAGGAGACGGCAAGCAGCAGCACGCAGAGGGAGAUGGGCCCAGUGGGGAGCGGUGACAAGGGUGCAGGCAAAGUGAGCACACUGCACAAGGACGACCCUUUCUCCACCAGUACCCAGGACCUCAAUGGCUUCUCCUCCCCCUCCCCUUGCUCCUUCUCUGUGCAGGGCAAAACGCUACAGAGCAAAUCGCUCUUGAAUUCCUACUACUCAGUAUCUAAAGAGCCAGUUCCUGCAACUUCAUCUUUGGAUGGUAGCCAUGGGGACAUGGCCCAGUCAACUCUGACCAUCCAGACGUAUCCAUAUGGGGGAUGUGAGUCCGUGGAGAUGUCCUACCAGGCGGGACAGUUCCAGCCAGCCAUCCGUGUGGCUGACCUUCUGCAGCAUAUCACACAGAUGAAAUGUGGUCAGGGCUAUGGGUUCAAAGAAGAGUAUGAGGCACUCGCUGAAGGACAGACGGCCCCCUGGGACACAGCAAAGAAAGACGAGAAUCGCAACAAGAACCGAUAUGGGAACAUCAUCGCUUAUGAUCACACUCGUGUCAGACUGCAGCUGCUGGAUGGGGACCCACACUCUGACUACAUUAAUGCAAACUAUAUUGAUGGUUAUCAUAGACCAAGACAUUACAUUGCAACACAAGGUCCGAUGCAGGAGACCGUAAGAGACUUCUGGAGAAUGAUCUGGCAGGAAAAUUCAGCCAGCAUCGUCAUGGUAACCAACCUGGUGGAGGUGGGCAGGGUGAAGUGUGUGAGAUACUGGCCUGAUGAAACAGAAGUGUACGGGGAUAUCAAAGUCACUCUGAUUGAGACGGAGCCCCUGGCAGAAUAUGUCAUUCGUACCUUCACUGUCCAAAAGAAGAGCCACCAUGAGAUUCGAGAGCUACGCCAGUUCCACUUCACCAGCUGGCCUGACCACGGGGUGCCCUGCUAUGCCACUGGCCUCCUGGGCUUCGUUCGCCAGGUCAAGUUCCUGAACCCACCAGAUGCCGGCCCUAUUGUGGUCCAUUGCAGCGCGGGGGCAGGCCGUACAGGCUGUUUCAUUGCUGUGGACAUCAUGCUGGACAUGGCCGAAAAUGAGGGCGUUGUUGACAUUUUCAACUGCAUCCGGGAGCUUCGUUCUCAGAGGGUUAACAUGGUGCAAACAGAGGAGCAGUAUGUCUUUGUCCACGAUGCCAUCCUUGAGGCCUGUUUGUGCGGUAACACGGCAAUCCCUGUCUGCGAGUUCAGAGCAGUAUACUACAACAUCAGCAGGCUGGAUCCUCAGACGAACUCCAGUCAGAUCAAGGAUGAGUUCCAGACACUGAACAUUGUAACCCCGCGAGUGCGGCCAGAGGACUGCAGCGUGGCACUGCUACCCCGCAACCACGACAAGAACCGCAGCAUGGAUGUGCUGUCAGCCGACCGCUGCCUGCCCUUCCUCAUCUCAGUCGACGGAGAGUCCAGCAACUACAUCAAUGCUGCGCUCAUGGAUAGCCAUAAACAGCCAGCAGCCUUCAUUGUCACACAGCAUCCUCUGCCCAACACGAUCGCUGACUUCUGGAGGCUGGCUUUCGACUACAACUGCUCGUCCAUUGUGAUGCUGAACGAGAUGGAUGCAGCGCAGCUGUGCAUGCAGUACUGGCCCGAGAAGAGCUCCUGUUGCUACGGACCCAUUCAGGUGGAGUUCAUCUCUGCAGACAUUGAUGAAGAUAUCAUCAACAGGAUCUUCCGCAUCUGCAAUAUGGCCAGGCCCCAGGAUGGCUACCGGCUGGUGCAACACUUCCAGUUCAUUGGCUGGCCAGCGUACCGAGACACGCCCCUGUCCAAGCGUUCGAUCCUGCAGCUGGUGCGUCGCCUGGCCAAGUGGCAGGAACAGUAUGAUGGCGGUGAUGGACGCACAGUGGUGCACUGCCUCACUGGAGGUGGCCGCAGCGGCACCUUCUGUGCCAUCUGCAGUAUCAAUGAGAUGAUCCAGCAGCAGAACAUUGUGGAUGUUUUCCAUACUGUCAAGACACUAAGGAACAACAAGGCCAACAUGGUGGAGACCAUGGAGCAGUACAAGUUCUGCUACGAAGUUGCUCUCGAGAGCCUGACCUCCUUCUGAGGGCCGCGGUGGAGAAAGAGGACCAGAGAGCUGCAGCGGGACGCGCGGACCGACUGCGAAUAGUGCCGGCAUGGUGUCUGUGCGACUGAGCUGCCAAAGCCCCUACGGAGGGUGUCGUCCCGCAGACCGGGGCUGUGUGCGUGUGGGCGUGCAUGUGUGUCUGUGCGUGCGUGCGUGCGUGCGUGCGUGUGUGCUCCUGAAAGCCUGGCGCCCCAGUCGUUGUAAAAACAAAAACAGCAAAAAUAGACAUUGUGUUAAUACGUCGCUUUAUUCUUCUUCUUUCAAUGUCCAGCAUUGACGCGUGCAUCCUGGGCUGUAACGUGAUCUUGUACAGUUACUUUCUUUUUAGAUAUACAGUAUGCCUUGAAUGUCGUCCCCCUCUUCUCAGUGUUAAAAGACAAACAAACAUGCAGCAAGACACUGUGUGGAGUCACAGGCUGCGUGACACUGUCCCUGGGCUUUGCCAUUUGCUUUGGCUUCAACCUGACAGCAAACAAUUCCAGAUGAGGCAAAGCCAAAGGGCUGCAUAUAAAUAUAUAUAUAAAUAUUUAUAUAUUUUGUACUUCUUUAUGUUUAACAAUUCCUGCUGCAUUGGUAAUAAACACACAUGUACAUGACACAAACUGGGUGAACUGUAAGCACGAGGGUGAAUUCCCGCUGGUUUUGUAACUCGUUUCCGUUACAAUGUCACUCAUCUGCGCGAUGAAGAUGCUCCCACCCCGUGGUCUCCCGCACCACGCAGACAAUCAGUCCUCUCGAUUUCCAUGCUACGUGCGGUUCAUGGCAUGAGAAGUGAACGCCGAGUGUCCCUCCUCUGGCCAAACUCGCCGAUACUUGCGGAACCAAGGCUCAAUCCCGGACCAUCACAAAUGGCUAUUUUUGGGACUCCUCUGUUUUGUAAAUUGCACUUUAUUUUGUGAAAAACUUCUUUACCUCAGUGCACAGCUGUAAAUCCACCUCUCGGUUUGCUUUAUUUGAUCGUGCCAUGUUAAUCAUUUUCAAUUUGCAGAACUCUUCUCACUGCAUCCCAGCUGGCACAAAACAUUUUGUCAACAACAACAAUCAAUGACAUUUUAAGGCGCUUGUGAUUAGGUUAUAAAAAAGCCACUCUGCUCCUGAGAAGUUACCAGAACACUGUAAGUAAUGUCUGAAUUAUAUAACCUACCCUGCUUCACACCCUGUGCUUCCAGGAUAGACUCUGGAACACCAAGGCCCUAUAUUGUAUAAGAUAAUGAUAAUAAUGCAUUUUUGAGCACUGUGUCGCAGUUGCAGAAUGUUUUGAAAUGCUGCUGUGUAUUAAAAAAGGAAAAAAAUCUUUUGAAACCAUACAAAAAUUUUUUAUGUCAAACAUGGCAGCUUAAUUUGACCAGCUGGGUUUCAGAGACAUCAAAAUUACAGUGACGUAUGUGGUGUAAACCUCAGGAUUGGGUUUAAGUGAAUUUUUUACAUUUCAAAAUAAAAAAAAUAACAUUUUAUUUAUUUUUCAAAAAUAAGUUUAUGUAUAAAAAAUCAGUCUUCUGUUCCUUACAAUUUUGAUCGGGAAAAAACCAGUGACCUUUCAGACUGAGAAAACAAAUUCUUAACAGCACAGAUUUAUUUCUAUUUGCUUUGUUCCCCUGAUUUUCCAUCCUUGUACUUGUAAAAUUUUCUUUGUAUUACUAUUAAUGUGAUAUUUAGAUUUGGUGAUUAAAUUGCCAUGGUUGUUUUGUCGUUUGAAAUGUGGUAACACCAAUAAAGGGACCAAAAUGUUGAACAUUACAAGAGCUCU